CAAGCAUCACGGCGAAAGAUCGACUAGCACCAUCCAGAAUCAAGUUCAUCAGCACCCGUUUGACCAGACAACCCGACGCGUCACAUCUGCAAGACUCCGCGAAAAUCACACAUCAUGCCCGGGCGGAAGUCGAACGUGUCGACCACCUCGAAUGGACCAGAAGAGAUCCCAGAAGGCACGCCAGUAGCACAAUCGAAGGCCAGCAAAGAUAAGGAUGGGCUCAGCGUGGAAGACUUGUCACUGCCGAAGUCGAUGGUUGCGAGAUUAGCAAAAGGAGUCCUACCGCCAAACACACAGAUACACAAGGAUGCAUUACUGGCACUGCAUAAGAGCGCGACAGUUUUUGUGAACUUCAUCGCUUCCAACUCCAACGACAACGCACAAGCCGCAGGAAAGAAGACGAUAGCGCCGCAAGACGUAAUGGCUGCCCUCAAAGACUCAGAAUACGAGAUGUUCAUACCUCGUCUGGAAGCUGAGUUAAAGAAAUAUAAUGAUACCCAAUGUGAUAAGCGCAACACCUACCGACGGAAAGUAAAAGCAGACAAAGACGCUGCCACCGACAAGCCAACAGGCGAAGGUGAAACGUCAGAGAUCGCCAAAGACGGAGAAGCCACAGCGGCGACGACAAAUGGCGCUAGCAAUGCUGGCGCUGAAGACGAAACUGACAGACCAGCCAAGAAACUCAAGGCUGAAAACGGUGCAGCAGUAACUCCGGGCGGUGAUGAGGACAUGGUCGACGAUGACGGAGACGAUGAGCAGGACGCCAAUGACCAGGACGACGAGGAAGAAGAUGACGAAGAGGGAGCAGAAGACGAAGUGCCUGACGAAGAAGAGUCUGAAGAUGAUCAGCCAAUGGAAGAUGCACUGGAGGAGCAAGUGGAAGAUGCGGGAGGGAUUCGAGACGAGGCUCUGGAUCAAUCCGACAGCGACUAAGUCUCUGACAGCUGCAGCAUAUUGGAAACGCCAGUCAUACCACAUUCCACCGAGAAGAGCGUUCAGCCCCACCGUAUGUAUGAUAUGCCAAGGUUCGAGAGCUUCAAGGGGAAACACCCAGAAAUUGAGGCAGCAAUUUCCACGUCAGAAGCUUGGCAAGUUCACCCCAC